CCUCCCCCUUUACUUCUGUUCCCGGAUUGGUUCAGCUUUUCGUUUUCCUUCUCUUUCUUCAAUCUCCAGAAUUCAUGAUUGAAGAUUGAGAAGAAAACAGUCUCUCUGAGCCCAGAAAGAUAAAUGUUGAGUUUAAUUUAGAUUGAGAAAAGAAAGAUUGAAAUAGAAAAUGGUGAUGGAUGAGAUGGGUGGAUCGACAGUGAGGUUGCUCCACGAUUCAUUUCCGAAUGCAACUGCAACACCGACGACCUCGUCUUCCUCUUCUCCCACUUUUGUUACGAAUUACCCCUUAAUAUCUGCCAUCCUCGCUUUUGCUAUUGCCCAGUCAACUAAGUUCGUCGCUUCAUGGUAUAAGGAGAAACGUUGGGAUCUCAAGCAACUUGUUGGAUCUGGUGGGAUGCCAUCAUCCCAUUCAUCAACAGUAACUGCUCUUGCAGUGGCCGUUGGUCUGCAGGAAGGUUUCGGAGGAUCACAAUUUGCAAUUGCAUUAGUUUUGGCAUUGGUGGUGAUGUAUGAUGCCACUGGAGUAAGAUUACAUGCUGGACGUCAAGCGGAGGUAUUGAAUCAAAUUGUAUGUGAACUUCCAGCUGAACAUCCUCUUGCUGAGAGCAGACCUCUUCGUGAACUUCUCGGUCAUACGCCCCCUCAGGUCGUUGCUGGUGCAAUACUGGGACUGGUUAUAGCAACAAUUAUCCGUUUCAUCUGUGUCUCCGGCACUUAUGCUUGAUAAUUCUGCAUAAUAACCAGUAGUAUUAUGAUUCUUAUACCUCUUAUAGUCCAUACCAGGAUACACAUUUGUCAGCUUUCCAACUUGUGUACUCUUCAAGAUGGUACCGACUCACUCAAGUCGCAUAAUCUACUGGAUAAAUCUUCUACGUGUACGUUUGAGGAUAGAUUAGCUUAAAGGCACAUUUUUUUUAUUUUCAAUGUUAUGGAACUGUAAAUAGCAACACUGGCUCUAGUGGGAAAGACACAAUAUUCAGGACUGACCACAAGUGCAAUAUACAACAGGAGACACUCUCUUUGAGUCA